AAAAAAAAAACAAAAAAAAAAGGGGUCUGAGAAUAUAAAUAAAUAGUAUACUACUACGGAGACACACAACCUUGACCCUGCCCAAGUCCCAAAACCGUUACAACACACGCACAGCAGAUUCUCUCUCUCUCUCUCUCUCUCUCUCUGUCUCUGUCUCUCUCUGAGACUCUCCGUUCGAACCUGCUUUCUACAUUUUCUCUGUGAAACCUCUCUGAGUGAUUUUGAAAGAAGAAAGAUGGCAGUUCAGUUCAUGUUCGGCGUUCCAGUUCCGGUGACAACACCAAAUCCAAAGCCAACACCGGAGGCGGAUAAUGGGAUAUGGUCGCUGUACGUGGGAGACCUGGACCCAAAAGUCACGGAAGCAGACCUCGUUGAUAAGUUUCGUUUAAUAGGUCCCAUUGCCUCUGUGCGUCUCUGCCGUGAUUCUUUCACCGGCGACUCCCUUCGCUACGCCUACGUCAACUUCUUCACGUUAUUAGAUGCGUCCACGGCUUUAUGCUUUCUCAACCACAAGGAGCUCAAAGGAAAACCCAUAAGAAUAAUGUGGUCGCAGAGAUACCCUUUGACAAGAAAAACGGGUAUUGCAAACCUUUUUGUUAAAAACCUUCACCCGUCCAUCACCAGUGCUCAAUUGCAGUCUAUGUUCUCCAAGUUUGGGAAGAUAUUAUCUUGCAAGGUCGCUGCAGAGAACGGCAAGACAAAGGGUUUUGGUUUCGUGCAAUAUGAUUCUGAGCAAUCUUCUAUGACUGCUUGUAAUGCUCUACAUGGUACACUGGUUGAGGGGAAGAAAAUAUAUGUAUCAAAAUUUGUAAAAAAGAGCGCAAGAACAGUAGCCCAUGGAGACGCUAUGAUGGCUUCACUGGAAGGGCAAAACAAAAAUUUAUUUAUAGCAAGGACUCAGCAGAAGGAGAUUGCCAAUUGCCACAUUGAAAAGUUGAAGGCUUCAAGCCUGGCCCUAAAGAACUCAACCCAUCCUGUCCAUUACUCUUCUUUCCAAUCUUUGGGAGAGGAUCUAAUCAAACAGAAGCAGCACAGAAAUACUGGGAAUCGGAGUUUUGUAUGGAAUUCUAGCCUCCAUAUGCUGGAAAGAUGACAACAACUCUGUCUAAGUCACAUAAUUCCUCGGACUUUUGAAUAAGGCAAAUGCUAGGAGCAGUGUAGAUAUGCCUCUCUAUUGCCCUCUGCUUGAACCUUGUAUUUCUUUGUGAUAUUUUUCCUUUUUUUUUUUUUUUUUCCUCCCUUCUUUGUAAUACAGCACCUAGUAUAAAUCUCUGAUAAGACCACUAAGAUUUUGUUUUUAUCUUCUUUUGCUUUUGCUGGAGGUUACCAGAUCCUCUGCUUCUGCUUGCAUUUUUUUUUUUUUUUUUUGCACCACAGCUUGCCUUCAUUGGUUGAGUUGUCAGAGCUCUUUACGGACAGACUUAAAG